AUUGCAAGCACCUUGGGGCAUGGAACACGGCAGCGAGGCAACAGCACUGGUGUACACAACCACGCCUGUCAGUAGCCUCAAGCGGAAAGCACCUUCGUCAAUCACUUCGGAAGACGACAAGGAAAACUUGGACGAUUCGGGUGUGUUUGACUUGUCGCCACACUCUCCCACCGCUAGCAGCAGCAGUAGUAGCAGCAACGCCAACCCUCUGAAGCGAAAAGCACACUCGACCCUCGACGACAGCACCAUGCCGGUGCAAAAAGGCGGGCCAGAUCUGUCUAACCAGACGUCAGUAUUCACGUCCUCGCUCACGUCGACGUCGGUCUCCACCCGUCGUCCCUCCAACAAUCAGCUUGAGUCCCCACACAAGUCACCGUCGGAUUUGUCCUUUAGUGGGUCGGCGGCAGUGAAGCCAGUAGCAGCCUCCCCACUGCUGCACCACACGUUCCUCCUCAACAGUUUCCAGCACGUCCCCUCUCUCGACUUUGGCAUGGUGUCCGUAGGAACGUCCCAUACUAUGACACUGCACCUGUCGAAUCCGAGCGAGUUUGGGGUCGCCACGGUCGUGCUCGAGGACAUCGUGCCCAAGGCCGCCGCCGCCGCGUUCUUUGUCGACGCGCAUCAAGCGCUGGUCCUUCCCAUGCAGUCCGCGUCUUCGAUCUCCGUCACGUUCACACCAUCGACCCAUGGACGUGUCGCGGGGAAGCUGUACAUCCGCCUGAACCAACGUUUCCGGCUCUUUUGCGCGCUCCACGGCGCGACUCGUCCUCCGUCCACCGCGCUCGCUUCCAGCUCCUCUUCCAGCUCCUCUUCCUCGUCCACGGCAGUCAAGCCGCGCCCCCCCAAACUCGCCAAACAAUCGACGCACAUCCCGCAAACGUCGACUGAUCAAGAGUGGAAAAAGCGGCGCGUCGUGUACGAUGCCCACUGGGUCCCCAAGCAAGAGGCGGGGUUCCAGAAGUGGCUCAAUUUCACGCUCCUGGGCGCGCACUUUUGCGAAAUCCAAGACGAGACGCCUGUAAGUCGAGAUCGAUAUGCGCAGCUCCGCCAGCUCGCCAUCACGCGAUUGGAAAGCAAAGUCCGCGCGGCCGCCGUGGCCACGUACCACAGUCCACAGACGGAUGACCUUCUCUUCCGGCUGCAGACGGAAAUCACCGCGCGCCGGCUCACGAUUCGCGCCGACCGGCCGCUGCAUGUCGAUGUGGGGCUGCAGCAGUCGCUUAUGGACUUGCUCAACUCGUACCAUCCGCUGUGGCUCACAUUGGCGCUUGAAGUCGUGCUGGGCAUCCGCCUCGUCGAGUCGCUUGGCGCGCUCGUUCAACCGACUUCGGCAUCAUCCACAAAGUUGCCGCAUUUUCUCAAACGGACCAUCUUGGAGCGCAUCGUGCAGGACCCAGCGUUCAACCUCAAGACAACAGCUUCGAGUGAAACGCUGUCGCAGCUCAAGGCCACGACUCUCGUACGGUGUCUCAUGAUCGUGUACUUUCUCGACCAAGCCCAUGUCCGUCGGCAUGUGGACCACGUCGCACUUCCGUGCUUGUUCCGCCCAACGAGCCGCAUCAAGCGCAGCAAGCAAGUGCUCAUCGACCUGUGCCAGCAGUUCCUCGCCCAUGAAGGCAACGUACUCCGCCAUUUGCAUCAGCUCCAGUAUGUCGUCCAGUACCAGCAGACCGUGCUUGAAGAGAUGGACAUGCAAGUCGUGAACCUUGCUGUGGACCUUCGCGAUGGCGUUCGAUUGGCUCGCCUGGUGGAGACGUUGGAUCCGUCGGUCAAGGGACAGUUGAGCUCACAGCUGCGUCUUCCGGCCGUGUCUCGGCUGCAAAAAGUGCACAACGUCCAAGUGACUCUAACCUGUCUGCAUGCCAAGUACGGUAUGCCAGUGGCGUCGGGCGUCGAGUCGAGCGGUGUCACACGCCAUGCGACAGGGUUAACUGCCAAGGAUAUUGUGGACGGCCACCGCGAAAAGACGCUGGCGUUGCUGUGGCAGUUGAUCAGCUACUUUAAACUGUCGCAUGUGGUGCACGUGGGUCAAGUGGAGAUGGAGAUUCUGCGCAUCCAGCAACGGCGUCGGCGGGGCGGCGUGUGGACGAAUGACGUGAUCAAGUCGGCCGAUGAUGACGUGAUCAAGUCGGCCGAUGAUGACGUAAUCAUCCAUCCGUUUGCCAUCGACAAGGCGAAGGAGCCAAUUGCAUGGCACUUGCUCGAGUGGUGCCGCGUCGUGUGUGCGACGUACAACGUGGCAAUUCGGAACUUCACCGCGUCGUUUGCAGAUGGCAAAGCGCUGUGUUUGAUGAUCCAUUACUACCAUCCUCGGUUGCUGGAAAAAUGGGAAAUUCAAUGGACGACCAGUGACACGACCACGGAGCGGAUGGCCACCAAGACGCCGUUGCUCGCGAACGAGCGCGCCAACUUUGCAUUGGUCAACCUCAAAGUCAAGCAACUCGGCCAAGUGCCGGUGCUGCUGCCGCUGUUCGACUCGGAGCACCUUCCCGAAGAAAAGUGCAUUGUCACGUUUCUCGCGUAUUUGCACUCGCGGCUCCUUGGCGCUAGUCGCGAGAUUCACGCUGCGUUUUGUCUGCAGCACUGGUGGGUACCUCGAUUCCGACGCAGCCGAGCCGCCAAGCGUGACGGCGGCGCCCGCGUCCUCCAAAAGUGGUGGGCGUCCACGUCCAUGUCUCGGUUCCUUCAGCGGUCGAUUCGCCGCCGAUUGGGGCACGUCGUCGCGCUUCAGUCGUUUGGUCGGCUGGUGUUGGCAAAGCGGGAGCGGGCGGCGCGGUGUCGAGCUGUGCAUGUGCUUCAAAGCACCGCCCGUCGCUGGUUGCACGUUCCCAUACAGAACAAGAAGAACAAGAACCAGGAGAUGGUAGAACAACUAGACGACAUGCCAGCCAAUCGCCACCAUGUGGCAGCUCGAACGCUGCAGCAAUGGUGGCGUCGGUGCCGCCAGCUGAGCCAGACCCAAACGCUGUGGCGCGCCUUAGCAUUCCACGGCCACCGCGUCCGCCAUGCCGCCGCGUCGGUGCUCCAGCGGUGGUACCAUCGGCACCUCGUCCAAGAGUACUGGUAUGCGAUCGUGUACUAUAUCCGCUUGGAGAAGCGCCAGCAUGAUGCUGCCAGUGUGCUCCAGCGGAAGUGGCGUCGAGUGAGGCAGCGCCAGGCUGCAGUGCACACACUGUCCAAGUGGUGGCGCUCGCAACGAAUCAGAAAUACGUGGCGGAAUGUGGUGCUAGCAGCCAUGGACGUCGAACGGCGGCACUUGUGGGAUCAAGUUCGACGCGCGUCGGCGUCGCGGCUGCAGCGCUGGUACCGAACCUGCCAGCACCAGUAUGCCGUUCGGGCGUGGUGGACGCAGCUGGCGACGCUCGUAUGGGAGCAGCAUGACGAGGCCGCGACGACGGUACAACGGGCGUGGCUAUCGUACAAACUCAAGCAGCAAGAGGAUGCGCUGGAAACCGAACAACAGCAAGCCGCCGCUGCGAUGGCGAUCCAGCGGUGGAUGCGGCGGGGGUGGCAGAUGUGGCGGUGUCGCCAGACGUGGAUUCAGCUGGCGUACGACCUAUGGGACCAACACACUCAAGCGACCGCGGCGAGUAUGAUCCAAACAGUGUGGCGGCGUCGACAUCGCCUUGAAACGUGGCAAGGGUGUGUCCAUGCGGUGAUGAGCGACGUGAAGAAGACUCGCGCGAUGUCGCGGAUCCAGCGGUGGUAUGUGACGACGAAACGACUCUUGGAAGUCAAGCAGACGUGGAUGGAGCUGACGAUGGCGUUGUGGGAGCAGCGCAACCAAGACCAAGCGGCGAUGAUGAUCCAGCGAUGGGUCCGACAUCGUCAAAGCCAGCAACUUGAACUCGCUCAGGAACGACACGAAGCUGCGACGACGUUGCAGCUGUGGUGGGUCCGGGCCCAGCGCUCAUGGGAGGUGACCGCGUGGUGGACUUCGCUGGCCGUUCAGUUGUGGGACCAGAAAGCAACAGCCCAAGCUGUGGCGACUGCUUCUGCGACAACGAUUCAGCUGUGGUGGCGCAAUGUGCGGGCGAUCAAAGUGGAGUUUCUCAUGGCGGAGAUUGAAAGGCACGCGAGUGUUCGCCUCCAGCGGUGGUGGCGGCGACGCUGUCAUGUUCAUCUGGUGGCGAACUCUUGGCACGGCCUGGUGGGGCUGGUGCGUCGAGAGCAACGACAUAAAGCUGCUGCGACGACGUUGCAGACGUGGGCCAAGACGUUGCUGACGAAUCGCCACGUCAUGCAAACUCAAGCCAAGUGGGCGGCGUGGAUCCACCAAGUACGUGCCAAUGGCGCCGCCAUGUUCAAAGCAGCGCAGCAGCAGGAACAAGAACGGCAGAUCCAAAUGGAAGCACAAGAGAAGGAGGUGGCGGCGGCGAUACUUGUGCAGCAAUUCCUGAGGCGGUACCAGCAACUCCAGUGGUGGCGGAGUGUGGUCAUUCACACGCAAAACCAGCACGCCGCGGCCUCGUACAUCCAGCAAUGGUGGCAUGCGAUGACGUUCCGACGGGACGACGAACCAUCUGCGGAUGUGCAAGUGGACGCCACCACCAACUCCAAUACCCCGGGUCGACGACAGCCAACCAAACUCGUGUGGACCGUACCUCCGGUCGUGGUGCUGCAGAAAUGGUGGCGAGGAAUGCGAGUGCGGUUGCGCUGUGCGGCAGCUGUGACCAUCAUGCGACACCGUGUCCAGGCCGCACAGACGUCGGCGGUGGUCGCGACGUUGGCCCUUCGCCAGCAGUCUGCCGGGUACGUGCAAGAAGAGAGCAUUCCUCUGCGAUACCGCCUCAAGCGCGCCCUGGCCAUCCUCAACACAUCGCCGCGGCUGCAUGAGAUGCUGCAGGCAGUGCACACUCUGGAAAUGUGUACGCGGCUGUCAACCGAGUGCUGUGUCGAGUGUGUGGCCCACCGCGUCCCUCGGUUACUGUACAAAGCCAUUCGAAAAUGCAAUCGCAGUCGUCCGCAUUUGGAGUUGCUACACCAGUUGCUCCAAGUGUGUUUGCACUUAUCUUGUUCUCGUGGUGGAGACACUGCAAAGAAUACGUCGAGUUCCGCGGUGGUGAUGGAUGGUGGCCAAGACGUGGAGGGCGUGGGUAUGAGCCUCGAGCUGUGGAUCGAUCUGCUGCAGAUGCACCGCGACUCGACGGUGUUGUUUACUUUGAGCGCACGCCUGUGUAAGCGGACGCUGGCUACGCUCAACGCGAACGAAUGGUCCCUUGGAGAAGCGCCGCGCCGGCUUCGCCUCUUGCAUGCGUUGAUGUCCAAGAAAGCCAAGACCAAGUCGACGGUGGACCGCGUGGCGCCGCCGCCGACAACCAAACAGGCCAAGGAGCAUUUGCAUCCGCAAAAAGCUGCGUCCAUGCUGCAGACCCUCGUGGACAUGUGUGAAUAAUGACCAGGGUGAUGAUAGAAUAAUGAUUCAUACAUUAACGUUACAUGAACGAGAGUACUUAUGCAAUGU